AGAGCGCGCACGCGCACGCGGGGCGGGCCUCCUUCCCGGCACCCACUGAGCGCCCGGCCCUCUCACCCCACCCCUCUCCCCCGCUGCCCAGGCUCCGCCUCCGCGACGGGGCAGCAGAGAGGAGGCGACCGGAAGCCACUUUAAAGCAGAGCUCGGGGUGACAGGCGAGCGAGCUGGAUCGGGAGUGCGGUUGCAGCUUUCUGCACUCCCGGUGGCGGAAUGGCCAGUGCGCUGCUUGUCGCGUCUCCGGCCUGCGACCCUUAGACGUCUAAGCCUGCCCUGCGCGCCGAUCCUCCCGCGCGGACGCUGCCGGCGAGCCGGCGGUGAGGCGACUCGGCUCCUGCGGUCCGUUCUCUCAGGCAGCGCGAUCAGGAUUUUUAGACUCUGAGGAGCAAUUGGAGCUCAUCCACACCAUGGAAAUGGAAACCACCGAACCUGAGCCAGACUGUGUAGUGCAGCCUCCCUCUCCUCCUGAUGACUUUUCAUGCCAAAUGAGACUCUCUGAGAAGAUCACUCCAUUGAAGACUUGUUUUAAGAAAAAGGAACAGAAGAGAUUGGGAACCGGAACCCUGAGGUCUUUGAGGCCAAUUUUAAAUACUUUGCUAGAAUCUGGCUCACUUGAUGGCGUUUUUAGAUCUAGAAACCAGAGUGCAGAUGAGAGCAGCUUACAUGAACCUAUUGUGAAAAAACCCCUGGAAAUCAAUCCAUCAUGUCCACCAGCGGAAAACAGUAUGUCUGUCCUGAUUCCUGAUGGGACAAAUGUUGGGGGCCAAAUACCAGAAGCUCAUCCUUCCACUGAUACUCCAGAACAAGUGGUUCCAAUCCAGGAUCACAGCUUUCCACCGGAAGCUAUCGGUGGGACGGUGGCAGAUUCUACAGCAGGGCACUUCCAGACUGACCUUUUGCACCCCGUUUCAAGUGAUGUUCCUACUAGUCCUGACUGCAUAGACAAAGUCAUGGAUUACAUUCCAGGGGUUUUCCAAGACAACAAUUUUACAAUCCAGUACAUUUUGGACACCAGUGAUAAGUUGAGUACCGAGCUUUUUCAGGACAAAAGUGAAGAGGCUUCCCUUGACCUUGUGUUUGAGCUGGUGAACCAGCUACAGUACCACACUCACCAAGAGAAUGGAAUUGAAAUUUGCAUGGACUUUUUGCAAGGCACUUGUAUUUAUGGCAGGGAUUGUUUGAAGCACCACACGGUCUUGCCAUAUCAUUGGCAGAUCAAGAGGACAACUACUCAAAAGUGGCAGAGUGUAUCCACUGAUUCCCAGGAGCACUUGGAAAGAUUUUACUGUAACCCAGAGAAUGACAGAAUGAGAAUGAAGUAUGGAGGACAAGAAUUUUGGGCAGAUUUGAAUGCCAUGAAUGUGUAUGAAACAACUGAAUUUGACCAACUACGAAGGCUGUCCACACCACCCUCUAGCAAUGUAAACUCCAUUUAUCACACAGUCUGGAAGUUCUUCUGUAGGGACCACUUUGGAUGGAGAGAGUAUCCUGAGUCUGUUAUUCGAUUGAUUGAAGAAGCCAACUCUAGGGGUCUGAAAGAGGUCAGAUUUAUGAUGUGGAACAACCACUACAUCCUCCACAACUCAUUCUUCAGGAGAGAAAUAAAAAGGAGACCCCUCUUCCGCUCCUGUUUUAUACUGCUUCCAUAUUUACAGACACUUGGUGGUGUUCCCACACAGGCUCCUCCACCUCUUGAAGCAACCUCCUCAUCACAGAUUAUCUGCCCAGAUGGGGUCACCUCAGCAAACUUUUACCCUGAAACUUGGGUUUAUAUGCAUCCAUCUCAGGACUUCAUCCAAGUGCCUGUUUCUGCAGAGGACAAAAGUUAUCGAAUCAUUUAUAAUCUUUUUCAUAAGACUGUGCCUGAGUUUAAAUAUAGAAUUUUGCAAAUAUUGAGAGUCCAAAACCAGUUUCUUUGGGAGAAAUAUAAAAGGAAAAAGGAAUAUAUGAACAGGAAAAUGUUUGGCCGUGACAGAAUAAUAAAUGAGAGACAUUUAUUUCAUGGAACAUCCCAGGAUGUGGUAGAUGGAAUUUGCAAGCACAACUUUGACCCUCGAGUCUGUGGAAAGCAUGCUACAAUGUUUGGACAAGGCAGUUACUUUGCAAAGAAGGCAAGCUACUCUCAUAACUUUUCUAAGAAGUCGUCCAAAGGAGUCCAUUUCAUGUUUCUGGCCAAAGUGCUAACUGGCAGAUACACGAUGGGCAGUCAUGGCAUGAGACGGCCCCCUCCUGUCAAUCCUGGCAGUGUCACCAGCGACCUGUAUGACUCUUGUGUGGAUAAUUUCUUUGAGCCUCAGAUUUUUGUCAUUUUUAAUGAUGAUCAGAGUUACCCUUAUUUUGUUAUCCAAUAUGAAGAAGUCAGUAACACUGUUUCCAUUUGAAAAAUCUUGGUACGGCUAAGUUAUUUGAUAUGAACUCAAUCCAGCGUUUGUAGCAGGUUUUGGAUGGGUAGGACAGAGUGGGAACAGCAUUGGACAUUAAUAGGGCACUUUUAAGACCCCUUUUUUUAAGUGCUAGAAAGUGAAAAAUUUUUUAAAGAAAAACACAAGUUUUAAAAUGACCACUUAUUCUUUAAUUAUUUACUAAUUGUUGUUAGUGUACUCAGUGUGGAAAAGACUAAAGAUUGCAUUCUCUUUUUAUUCACACUUGUACAUAUAGGCAGCAAUGGUAUUAGGAGCAUU